AUGACAGGUGUUAGUAAGAUGAAACUAGAAGGAGAAAAAUCUCGUUUUGUGUUCCCUUCGAAUACGGUUUACCUCGGUGAUUUCAAAGAUGGAGAAUUUGAUGGACACGGUACAUUGCAUUAUGCUAAUGGAGCAAAAUACGAAGCUACAUGGAAAAAUGGAAUUGCACUAGAGGGGAAAUAUACGUUUCCAGAUGGGCUUGCUUACGAAAGUGAAAAUUGGGAAUAUUGUGAUGGUUAUGAUCGACGAUUUUACACCGAAAUUAUUGACGGACUAAAACCAGCUGGUCGUUCACAAUUGAAAAAUACUAAAACACCAGAAGAAAUUCCAGAAACUAAUUAUGAUGUUGGAGAUGGAAUGUAUGAUCCGGAAACAAGAAUCGUUACUGAUUAUCAAAAUAGAUUUUUGAGAAAUGCAGAUGACGAAGAACAUGCAUGGAUUAUUCGAACGUGUCGCAAAGGUUGGGAUGAGAACGUUGGUAUUAAUAAUCCAAGACUAAGACCAGACAUGGCACAACAAAAACACUAA